AUGACUAAAAUUGUAGCAACGAUUGGUCCUGCAUCUGAAGAGCUCAAUCUGCUUCAAAAGCUCACAAAUGAAGGAUUACGUAUCAUGCGCAUUAACUUUUCACAUGCAGAAUACGAUGAAGCGCUUGCACGUAUUGAGAAUCUACGAACUUGUCGAGGUGUACACGCUCAGACUCAAUCGACAUUUAAUCUACGUGCUGUACUGCAUGAUACGAAAGGUCCUGAAAUUCGUACGGGUAAAAUGCUCGAUAACAAGAAGAUUAUGCUUCAAAAGGGACAAGAAGUUGUCUUAACAACUGAUCGAGAGUUUGAACUAAAGGGCACAGCUGAAAAGUUUUACAUUACGUACAAACAACUUGCAGAGACGGUGAAAGUUGGUGAUACCGUGCUACUAUGUGAUGGAUUGAUACGACUGACGUGUACAGGUGUUGGUAAAGGAGAAAUUACCUGCAUGAUUGAAAAUACAGAGGAGAUUGGAAACAAUAAAGGUGUCAACCUUCCUGGAUUGAUUGUAGAUCUUCCAGCUUUAUCAGAGAAAGAUAAGCGCGAUCUUGAUUGGGGUGUCAAGCAUGAUAUUGAUUUCAUUGCUGCGUCUUUUAUUCGUAAAGCCAGUGAUGUAAACGAGAUCCGAUCGUAUGUGGACGAGUGUGUCAAGAAACAUUGGGCACACCAACCAAACUAUAUUGCUCCAAAGAUUAUCUCAAAGGUCGAGAACCUAGAAGGUGUUGAGAACUUUGAGGAGAUUCUGGAUGCUUCAGAUGGGAUCAUGUGUGCACGUGGCGACCUGGGGGUCGAAGUGCCUGCUCAGAAGGUGCUGACAUACCAAAAGAUGAUGGUCGACAGGUGUAAUGCCGUCGGUAAACCUGUGAUUGUGGCUACACAGAUGCUCGAGUCGAUGCAAUACAAUCCGCGACCCACACGUGCUGAGGUCUCGGAUGUUGGCAAUGCCGUGCUAGACGGUGCUGACUGUGUCAUGCUCAGCGGUGAGUCUGCUCAGGGCAAAUACCCGAUUGAGUCUGUGAGUACCAUGAACACGGUGAUUAAGGAAGCCGACGAGCUGCUGUUGCAACCGACGUACCGUGCCAAAUUCCAGUUCGACCCGCCAACCUCAGAUGUCGAGUCUGCUGUGUCGUCUGCUGUCAAAACUGCUAAUGAGAUGCACGCGCAGCUCAUGAUUGUGCUGACCCGCACGGGUUACACGGCUCGUAAGGUCGCCAAGUAUAAACCUACCGUGCCGGUCAUGUGCUUCACCACUGACAAGAAAGUCGGCCGUCAGCUUCAGAUCCACCGUGGUCUAUACCCUGUCGUUCCUGACUACCUUGACCAGGCACCGACUACUGCGGAGGCUGUUGCCCAUGCCAAAAAGAUAGGAUGGCUCUCUUCAGGUGACCGUGUCGUUGUGAUCAGCGGUGACAAGCCCUCGGCCGACCUUGGCCGUGCAAUUAUCAUUAGCGUGGCUGACGUGCAGUAA